CACUAAAUCAUAUCAAACAACAUCAAUAAUUUACAAUAGCCAUGCUUAGUUAUACAUCAAUAAUUUAUGCACUCUUCUUCUUCUUCCUAUGCAUCGUCUUCCAAAUUCAUCGUUGGAGACGUUGCAAAUACCCAAUUCUUACAGAUUAUCCAAUUUUUGGCAUGAUAAUACCAUUAUUGUGGAACUUGCCUCGAGUUCAUGAUUUCAUAACUCAGCUGUUGAAAAAACAACAUAGGAACACAUGUGAGUUCAUGGGACCUUGGUUUACCAGCAUGAACUAUUUGGUCACUAGUGACCCCAUCAACUUGCAUCACAUGUUAAGCAAGUCUUUUGACAAUUAUGUUAAGGGUCAUGAAUAUCAUGAGAUAUUUGAAGCCUUUGGAGAUGGAAUAUUCAACACUGAUUCGGAGACAUGGAAAUACAAUAGGUCUCUUUUUCACUCUAUUUUGAAAAUAAGAGAUUUUGAAAUGUUUCAAAAGAAAAUCAUUCAAAACAAGUUGGAGAAAAGUUUGAUUCCUUUGUUGGACCAUGUACAACAACAAGGCUCAGUGGUGGAUUUACAAGAUGUCUUCAAUCGUUUCACAUUCGACAACAUUUGUUCCGUGGUUCUUGGAUGUGAUCCUAAUUGUCUUUCCAUUGAUUUUCCCGAUGUCGCGUGUGAGAAGGCUUUCAACCAAAUCGAAGAGGGCAUAUUCUAUAGACAUAAAGUGCCUAAAAGUGUUUGGAAGUUGCAAAAAUGGCUUCAAAUUGGUGAAGAGAAAAAUAUGACCAAGGCAUGCAAAACCUAUGAUCAAUUUGUAUAUGCAAAUAUAAAGUCAAAGAGGGAAGAGCUAAGCAAAUGUAGAAAAAAUAAUGAGAUGGUUGAUUUGCUAACAACUUUGAUGAAAGAAGAAAAGGGGUCACAAGUAGUAAUGCAUGAUGAUAAGUUUUUGAGGGAUGUUGCAUUCAAUCUCUUUGUAGCGGGGAGAGAUACUAUAACUUCAGCGCUUACAUGGCUCUUCUAUCUCAUUGCUACACACCCUUUAGUGGAGGCUAAGAUUCUUGAGGAGAUUAAAGAAAAUUUUGGGACCAUCAAUAUUGAAAAGAAAUUAGGGAUUGAUGAGUUGAAAAAGCUAGUUUAUCUUCAUGGUGCUAUAUGUGAAGCUCUAAGGCUUUUUCCUCCAAUACCCUUUGAGAGAAAGCAAGCAAUUAAAGGUGAUAUACUUCCAAGUGGCCAUAUUGUUAAUCCUAAUACAAUAAUACUAUUUUUCUUGUAUUCAAUGGGGAGAUUUGAAGAGAUAUGGGGAAAAGAUUGUUUGGAGUUCAAGCCAGAGAGAUGGAUAUCUGAGAGAGGAGGCAUUGUUCAUACACCAUCUUACAAGUUUAUUAGUUAUAAUGCUGGACCUAGAACUUGUUUGGGAAAGGACUUGUCCUUCAUUCAAAUUAAGAUGACAACAAUUGCUAUUUUGAGCAAAUAUUGUGUCCAAGUAGUUGAUGGUCAUGUUCCUAUCUUAAGCCAUUCAAUUGUACUUCUUAUGAAGAAUGGUUUGAAGGUUAGGAUAACAAAAAGAGAAAUUUGAUGGAAAAGAUCAAUUUCAUCUAUAAAAAAUCAUUAUUAAUUGUCUCUUGUUUUUUGUGUGUAUUAUGUUAUUAGUUUGUGUUUGGGUUGUAAUAGUGUAAUAUCUAAGAAAAUCUAUUUUUUUUUCUUCUUGUUUUUAA